AGUUAUGCAACCAACAAUUCAGUCAAAGUGACACCAACAAUUUUUGAGGUUAUGUGUGGGCCACCUAAACAAAAUAUUUAAUAAAUUCUAACGGGAUUUUUACCAAAAAAUGAAGUUUCGGACGUUUUCUUUACUUAAUUCGACAGUUUCGAAAAUUAGCCCAAAAAUAUGUGUAGUGGGGUCAGGUCCAGCAGGAUUUUAUGCAGCUCAGUAUAUGGCAAAUAGGCUCGAAACGGCUCAAAUCGAUAUAAUUGAAAGACUUCCAGUUCCGUUUGGCUUAGUCAGGUUUGGUGUGGCUCCUGACCAUGCAAAUCUCAAAAGAUGUGUCAACACAUUUUCAAAGACUGCACAAUUGAAAAAUGUCAGGUUUAUGGGGAAUAUCACUUUAGGAAAAGACGUCACACUGAAACAGUUAAAGGAAGCCUACCACGUGGUGUUACUGACGUACGGAGUCGACGACAGUCGUAAAUUAGACCUCAAAGGCAGUAACCUCAAAAACAUAUUUCAAGCCAAAGAUUUCGUUGGUUGGUACAACGGCGUACCGUGGAACAAAGACCUCCCUGUGGACCUCUCAGACACAACUGCCUCAAUUUUCGGCCACGGAAACGUCGCGAUCGACAUUGCGCGACUUCUACUAUCACCAAUCGACAAACUAAAGUCAACGGACAUCACCGAACACUCGCUCGCAACCUUCGCCCAAUCCCGCAUCAAACAAGUGCACCUAAUCGGCCGCAGAGGCCCUUUACAAGUCUCUUUCACCACCAAAGAACUACGCGAAUUAUUAAAUCUGCCAAACUGUUGCCCGAUAUGGCGUCCAGAAGACAUGCAAAACGUGCCAGAAAUAGUCCCAAAACUUGUAAAACCGCGCAAACGCCUAACCGAAUUAAUGGUCGACAAGUUCCAAAACCGCCAAACCCCCAAACUUGACGACAAACAACUCGCAAUGAUUUUUCACAGAUCGCCGAAAGAAUUUACCGGUUCGGAAAAAGUCGAGUCGAUUAAAUUGCAGAUAAAUCGACUAGAAGGCGACGAUUUGUUAGAUAAGAAAGCGGUGCCAACGCAACAAGACGAAACAAUUGCUACUAGUCUUGUUGUUGCAAGCAUUGGGUACAAGUCGGUGCAAGCCGAUGGGGACAUACCAUUUAAUAGUCAAUUGGGUGUGGUGGAAAAUCAGUAUGGGAAAGUGGGGAAGGGGUUGUAUACUGCUGGGUGGGUGGCGAAGGGAGCUAGUGGUGUUCUGCUCCAUACCAUGGAGCAUGCCUUUGGUGUGGCGUCGGUUAUUUUGAAGGAUUUGGAGUUGGAGGGGCUUGGGCAGGAGAAACCGGGGUUUGAUUUUGUGAGGAAGGUCCUAGAUGAGCGUAAUGUGCAAGUUGUAACGUGGGAAGAUUGGCUGAAGAUUGAUGAGUUUGAGAGGAAUGAAGGGAAGAAGUUGAACAAGCCGAGGGAGAAGGUGGUGGAUAUUGAGCAGAUGUUGAAAAUUGCAGCCACGUAGGAUUGUAUGAAUUGAUAAAGUUCAAAGAAAGUUUUGUUAGACUGGUUGAGGGUUGGAAAAUAAAUCUAUUUUUUUAUUA